AUGGAACUGCCAGCAGCGCACCAUGGUGCCUUCUUUUUACAGGGUUUCGUGCAGGCAUUGCAAUGGCCGACCGUCUUGCGACUUGUUUUAUCCUCGCGCACCAUGCAACGUGCCAUGCUCAUGACUCUGAUUCUCAAUGGAGUCGUAUACUUUGGCAUGCUCUUGCUUUUGGAAAUGAUGUAUGAUUCAAAGACGCAUCAUAUUCUUGGCAUUUCAUACUCUAAAUUGACAGGUUACCCUAUGUAUCUAGGUUGCUUGCUUAUCAACGGGCGCUAUUACAGUCGUGUCGCCCGCGCUACCUUUCAUACACAUGACCAAACUUCAUUGGAUUCCACUGUGGAUGUAGCUUCCACCAUUUAUGUAUCCAUUUUUUACGGCAGCUGCACCCUUUUCGUAACGCUACUGCGUCUGAUCCCUGGUCUCGGAGAUCAGUUUUCCUUUCUAGCCAGUUGCCUGAUUAUGGCCUCUUAUUGUUUCGAAUACAAAGGAACGUUCCGUGGGUGGACGGUUGAACAACGGAUGACUUUUGCGGAGAAUCAUUGGGCCUACUUCUUUGGUUUCGGUCUUCCUCUGACAGCAAUGACGUUUUUCCUUUCCACCUUACGGUCCGGUGCUGUAUUUGCUCUAUUCUAUCCCAGUUAUAUUGUGAUGGCCACGACAGCUACUGUGAAACCGAAUCACGAACCUUUGGCAGAAACCUUAUCAUCUCAAUUGCUUUUCAUGCUUCCAUAUCAUUUCCCAUUUUUUAUGUGCAUCAGAAAGUUGAUGGAUUGUGCGAUAUGGACUUUGCGCAUGGCUGGUGUGAAUGGCGCCGACAGCAUAAAUGCUCGUCACAAGAAAUCGGAUUCCGAGUCACAAGGCACCUUUAUUUUCUGA